GGUGUUUAGUUGGAUAUAAUAGUAUCUUAAAUAAAACUAACUUUGAAGUUUUUCCUAAUGGCGCUAUCGGUUGUCUUUCGAGAAGCGUCUCGUGAACUUAGCUCAAAGUUGACAGAAACAUUACAUUAGAUAUGUAGGGGUCGAAGUUCGAAUCCCGGUCAUCUCACUUAUCAAUUUUAAGGGUAAAAUUUCAUAAUUCUGAAGUGUUUAUUUGAGUAAUACUCUCAUUCACUUUUUAGAUACACUGAAAUAUUGAUGUAUCUAGUCUAUAAUAUAGUCUAGAUACUUUAAUAUUUCGAUAUCCAAAAAAAGUAAACUUCUUUUCUUAAAUAUCCUAUCACACCGUUGGACUUUAUGCUAUAUAAAUCUUGAAGGAAAAAUAUCUUUUCAUUCACAACUCAUCUCACUCAUAAUAUUAUAACAAAUCAAAGAUACAUUAAAGUGUGUGACAAAAUGUGUGAUAUUUUGCAAGCAGCCAACAUGCUUAGGAGUGUACCAAAAGAAAUUGCAGAAAUGAAAAAUGAACUUGAAAACAUUGAAGAAUUCAUCAACAAAGCAGAUAGAAUGGCUGAUGAUGUUGAAGAUGAGAACACAAGUCAAGGAAUCAAAGCAAGGAUCAAACAGCUCAUAGAAGCAUCUUUUGAUAUACAAGAUGUCAUUGAUGAAUAUAUGAUCUAUGAGGAAAAACCUCAUGGAUGUGCUGGUGGUGCUAACUUGGCCAAAACUAUGAUUCUUCGUCACCGAAUAGCCAACAAGAUUCGGAACAUUAAAUCCCGAAUUAGUGAAAUGAAUGAUGCAAGGGGAAUGGAUCAUAUCUUCCAUAUCCAAUCAACUUUGGAACAAGGGUCAAAUAGUUCUGCAAUAAGCUUAAACGCCGAAUUAUUGCAGAACCUUCGAAAGGCUCCAUUUUACAUGGAUGAAGCUGAUAUUGUAGGCUUUGAAAUGCCUAGAGACAUGUUGAUUGAUUGGUUGGUAGAGGGAAGAGCAGAGCGCACAAUCGUCUCCGUUGUUGGAAUGGGAGGACAAGGAAAAACAACUCUAGCCAAGAAAGUUUUUGACAACAACAAGAUUGUUAAACACUUUGAUUGUCAUGUAUGGAUCAAAGUGUCUCAAUCAUACAAUAUAGAAGGAUUGUUGAGGAGCAUGUUGCACAAGUUUUACGAACAACAAGGAGCCAAUCCUCCACCGAAUAUUCAUCAAAUGAAUCGAGCGGUUUUAGUUGAUGAAGUGAGAAAAUACUUGAAGAAAAAAAGGUAUGUUGUUGUUUUCGACGAUGUAUGGAACUUGCGAUUUUGGGAUGAUAUCGAAUUUGCUAUGAUUGAUAACAAAAUGGGUUGUAAGAUAUUAAUCACAACAAGGGAUAUAAAUGUUUUGAAUGCAUGUAAGAAAUCUGCUUUUGUUGAAGUGUAUGAACUGAAAUCUUUAACUGAAGAACAAUCUCUCGAGUUGUUCAAUAAGAAGGCAUUUCAUGACUUGAACGGACGUUGUCCGGAAAAUCUUAUUGAUAUAUCUUCCAAAAUUGUUGAAAAAUGUAAUGGGUUACCACUAGCAAUUGUAGUCAUUGGUGGUAUUUUAUCUUGCAAAGAUAGAAAUACAUUAGAAUGGUCUAAUUUUAGUGAAAAUCUAAAUUCAGAAUUAAAGGAAGAUUCCCUGAUAAAAAAAAUUGUAUGUCUUAGUUACCAUGAUUUGUCUUACAAUCUCAAGUCAUGUUUGUUGUAUUUUGGAUUAUAUCCCGAAGGCUGUAUAGUUCCUUCAAAGAUAUUGAUACGACAAUGGAUGGCUGAAAGGUUCGUGAAAGACGAUAUGGAAGAAACUUUUGAAGAGGUUGCAAAAGGAUAUUUAACAGAAUUGAUCAAUAGAAGUUUGGUGCAAGUAGUUUCAAUCAGUAUUGAUGGAAGAGCAAAAAGUUGUUGUGUUCAUGAUCUGGUCCAUGCAACGAUCCUCGAAAAAUGUGAGGAUUUAAGUUUUUGCAAGAAUAUUGAUGAGGAUGACCAAUCAUCUUUAAAUGGAAUGGUUCGACGUCUAUCAAUAGCAAUCAAAUCUGAUAAUUUAAUGGAAAAUAUUGAAAACUCACAAGUUCGGUCACUUCUUGUCAAAACAUUAAAUGAAGCCUUUGUAAGAAGAAUCCCUACAAAAUACAGGCGGUUGAGCGUGCUUGAUUUGGAGCAUGUUGGAUUGCGCGAUGUUCCUAAAGAUUUAGGAUGUUUGAGCCACUUAAAGUAUUUUAGGUUCAGGGAGAACUUUCGAGGUGACCGAUGUGUACUUCCAAAAGCCAUUGGCAUGCUUGAGAACCUAGAAACCUUGGACUUAACACGUACAAGUUUCCAUGCUAUGCCAAAGGAGAUAUGCAAGCUUAGAAAGCUUCGCCAUUUUCUAGGCUACAAUAUGUCUUUGAUUCAAUUGAAGGAUGGUAUUGGAGGUAUGACAUCCCUACAAACUCUACGCGAUGUUUAUUUAGAUGGUGGAGUGAAUGAAGUAGUAAAGCUAAUCCAAGAGCUAGGAAAGCUAAAGCAGCUAAAGGAAUUGGUCUUGAUUGGUGUUAGGAGUACAUACAUGAGUGCUAUAUCUUCCUCAAUCAAUGAGAUGCAACAAAUGGAGAAACUACAUAUUCGCGCAAAUGGAUAUAACAUGGUCAUUGAUAUGGAUUUGAGUUCACCCCCUCCUAUGCUUCGACAUCUUACUCUUGAAGGGAAGUUAGAGAUGUUGCCUGAGUGGAUUCCAAAACUUCAAAAUCUUGUUAAGUUGAAACUUAAAUAUUCUGAACUAACAGAUGAUAAAAUGGAAUUACUGAAAAGCAUGCCAAACUUGUUGUCCCUUUCUCUUAGGGAAAAUGCUUAUGAAGCCGAAACCUUACAUUUUCAACAUGGAUGGUUUGAGAAUUUGAAGCACCUAUAUCUUGAAGAUUUGGAAAACUUGAAUUACAUCAUUAUUGAUGAAGGCGCAUUGUGUUCUCUAAAAAAGUUACAAUUAACCUUCAUCCGCCAUCUCAAGACAUUACCAACCGGCAUUCAACACUUAAAAAAGCUUGAAGUUCUCAACAUCAAACAAAUGAGCCACUUAUUUAGUGAAGCCUUUUUCUUCGAUGAAGGAAAAGCGCAUUGGAGCUUCAAGCAUGUGCCCGUCGUAGAUAUUUAAACUCAUCAAUCGGGAUGGCAAAUACAUUGGAGGAUCAACGAAAGGUGAUGGCCUUCGAUCAAUGUGAUCAUGGAGAUUCAAAUUUCUCGUGGACUACUCACGUUCCUCAAUAAAAAUAAGUGUAGUUUUUUUUUUGGUUAUAGUGUAGGUUUUUAUCGAUAAUUAUAAUGUAUAUAUGUUAUAUACCAUGAUAAUUGAGUUGUUUCUUAUGUAUCGUGUAUGCAAUAUAUCUUGUGAGAGCUUUUGUAAUUUCAAUUUGUAAGACAUCAUCUUCAUUAUUAUUUAUUAAUUGCAUCACUAUGAGUUAGUGAAAUCUCAA